CACCACGCCACUCUUCUGAGGCAGACGACACUGUAGCAGACGACAAUGCAGUUUAGAAUCUUCGUCCUAGUGUGUGCCACGUUGGUAUGUGUAGCAGAAAGCAGAUUGUUUGCUUUCCGACAAAGGACUGCAAAACCGACCCUGCCCAUGCCUGCAGAGUCAAGUACAGAAGAAAAUGAAGGUCCCGAAAUGCCUUUUCCUACCAGUAUGCCUUCAGGUCCAAGAUUCCCAGAUGACAGUGACAGUGAACACUGGCCAUACGCUAUGAUGGAAUUUUCGAGCUUGGUUGGAAGGUGUAUGACUGCUAAAUUCAUGCAGAAGAUGAUGCGCAACAAACCUUCGGAAGGAAUUCUUGCAGAAGCCUGCCCUCAUGUUUUCCACAUAGCCAAGCUUUAUGCCAAGGCGGAUGAUGAAACUAGAGAAAAGGCAGAGGAAUAUACUAGAAAAGUGUAUCAUCUUUUGCAGUGUGUGAAUCUACAGGCUGAACGGGAAAAGUUAGAAGCUUUGAGAAAUCUUCGCGGCCCUUACAAAUCACCGAUAAAGGGAAACAAGCCAGAAAACAAGCCAGGAAACAAGCCAGGGUCAGGAAACAAACCAGGAAACAAGCCGGACAAUGUCUUCUUUGAAGAGGCCGACUAUCUAUUUGAGAUGUGUGAGCGGGUUUUUGAUGACGCGGAAAAAUCCCUGGAAGAUUGGGAAGCGAGAUUGGGCAAAGAAAUGGAAAGCGACGAGGAUUCAGUAGAAAACGUUCUACGUAAGGUUUAUCCAUACCUCGUGGAAAGGCGUGGAUAAAGGAACAAGGAGCGACGAUGGAUGGAUUAAUAGUCUGAAAUGUUGUUAGUGCCUUUUGUUAGUCAAUAUAAUUUGUUUAUUACUGUGGAAUAGUUGUCUGUUAUAAAAUCUAGAUUAAAAAGUUAGA